UGUGACUGCGUAACGGUUUGCUAAACAUAGACGGCUGAACUUGCUUUGGUAACCCUUUCAUAAAUGUUUAACCAACUUUCAGUAUAAAAUGAAUAGGUGUUAAUGCGUGAUGGAUUACACAGGAUUACAAUACCUACAAAAUACAUAUAAAUUAUUGACUUUUUAUAGAAAAUGAGUCAGGCACAAACUUUUCUUCACAACGUCGUUUUAGAUCACCAUCGUCCCUCGAUGCUUAUUGUUCAACAGUGAAAACCUGUCUUGAGUCCUCUCUGGUUUUCGCUUCACUAGUACUACCAGGCUGCAGCCAAAGUUGGUGCUGGGCCAAUCAUUUCUCAGGAAAAUGUGACUGCUAGGAAUUCCCCACGCAUGAGUCCCUGUCGGAGAAAACGGCAACCUUGUGUCAGGAAGCAUACGAAAGCAGCGGGAGGGUGAACUGACCGGUGACUCUGCGAUGAUGUAUCCAGCUAGAGUUCAACUCGCACCAGGGAUAAUUCUUUGAUAACGCGUCUUCUUCCCCUGGUUUCACGAGGAUAACUAAACACCCUGAAUAAGCCAAGGGAUAUGGUGUGCUGUUAACUUCCACCUAUAGGUGUAGAUGCUCCAGGCGCAGCGGGACCCAGCCUCCAUGUCAAAGAGGGACGAGGCUGCUCCCACCUGGGCCACAGCACUCCUCUGAAGCUCGGCUCGUGGUCUCCGUCUCGUUACACCAACAACCCGGUUUAGAAAACAGGACGACAGUGACAGGGACGCCAUUUUGGGAGGGUGAAGCUGAGACUCUCUCAGUGCAGUCAAGGAGCGGUCGUAGCCAGGAUAUUUUAGGCUGCUCUCUGCCCUCUGAACUCUGCUGCUAUGACGACUGCAGUCCAGCCUAGUGAACUGGUGUUUGAAUUUGCCAGCAACGGGAUGGAUGAAAUAAAUCAGGUGUGCAGUUAUCUCAUCCCCAUGCCUGUGUCUGAAUCCUGUGGAGCAGGCUUGAUUCUGGACGACCCAUCAGUAUUCCCAGCGGUGAUAGUGGAGCAGGUUCCUGCAGCCGAUCUGCUGCAGGUCUACUCAGGCCUGGAGUCCGACGAGGUGACCAACGGCAUCAUGGUGGACACCACUCUCCAUGUGGUGGAGGACCCCUCCAUCUUGGUGGGAGGAGUGGACCUCUCAGAAACAUCAGUCUCAGGUGCAGAGGACAACAUGGAGACAAAUGAAGCUGCAGCAGCUCUUCUUAAUAUGGAGUCUCCAAACAACAUUUUGGAUGAGAAGCGCAUGAUUCAUGCCUAUGGCGCUCUGCUGGAGUCCGAUCUAUCAUACGCCCCUCUGAGGCCUGACCAGAUGGAUAAUGGCACCCUUGACAUGUCUCUAGAUGAGGACACUUCAUCCAUGGAUGAGAUACCCCUAAAGUGUCCCUUAAAACCGCAGAAAAAGACCAAAGUGCGAAAGCCGCGAGCGGUGCGUCCCUGCUCCCCAAUCACCACCCCUAACCUGCCACUCAGGAAGAAGAGCAAAGAGGGCAAAGGUAACACAAUCUACCUGUGGGAGUUCCUUUUGGCUUUACUGCAGGACAAGAACACCUGUCCCAAAUACAUCAAGUGGACUCAGAGGGAGAAAGGCAUCUUUAAGCUGGUGGACUCCAAAGCUGUCUCAAAGCUGUGGGGCAAACACAAGAACAAGCCCGACAUGAACUACGAGACUAUGGGCAGAGCUCUCAGAUACUACUAUCAGAGAGGCAUCCUGGCUAAAGUGGAGGGGCAGCGGCUGGUAUAUCAGUUUAAAGAGAUGCCAUCUGAUCUGGUGGUAAUCGAGGAUGAGGACGCAGGCUCUGAUAACCAUGCUGGCUACGGGAAUCAGAGGUCUACCAACGGGCGCACCAUUGUCCGUGGAGGGUCAAAAGGGCAUGGGAGGGCUCAUGGUCAACACCAAUUGGCAGUGAAACAGAUGAAGAAGGAGCCCAAUGAUGAAUAUCUGUACCAGGAGAUGAACGGCGGAUCCGCUGAGCACCUCCUGCACAUGUUGCACUCCAACCAGGGAUCAGGGGUCCAAGAUUCGGCACAUGUUUUAAGAUCCAUCACUGCUCCCGCAUCUGUUCCCAUGGUCCUGACAUCCCCCGGCUCCCUUCAGUCUGUUCCCCUCACCACAGUUCUGCCCAACGGGGACUCCAACCACUGCUCCCCACCCCAUGUUAUCCUCCACACCAUGCCCUCAACCACAGCAGGCGGUAAAGACGUGCUCACCAUCCAGACGGCCUCUCUCGCUGGUGGUGUCAACAGCUUGCAGGAAGGCCUCCCUCAGCAGCUUCUGGUCACCAGUCUGGGCUCCUCCACCACUACCGCCUCCUCUUCUUGUACUUCCCCUCCAGGAGUCAUUAGCUCCACCGCCUCCAACCUCCCACGCUUGGUCACCAUUAGCACAACCUGUGGGCAGACCAUGGUGGCACAGCAGCCCGGCACCGUAAUUGCCACCGUGCUCAAAUCCAGUGACCUCUCAGGGCUGCAGGUCAAAGAGGAGCUGCUGGACCCCAGCUACUUCCAGACCAUAGUGAACGGCGAUCCAUCGCUGGCAGCAUUUGAAAGAGAAGAGAUGGAGGUAGGGGAGGCUGAGCUGCAGUACAGGACUGUGAUCAUUGAUACCAGUCAAAGCCAGGGCCAGGAGGCAGUGAGUGAAACUAUAAUGAAUGGACAUUCCUCCCAAAGCAGAAGCCCCAGUGAGGGUCUGACCCCCGUGGAGGAGCUGGAGGUGCGCGGGGAGAUGUCCCUACAGCACGAACAGGGAAUCAAAGGCCUGCAGGAGCUGCCGCUGUCAGUCCAUUUGCCUGCAAACUUUAUCCAGAUAAAGACAGAGCCUGCAGAGGCUUAGAGCUGCAGGACUCUUCUACACAAGCUGAACCCCAAAAAAACAAAAACAACCAUUGAAUCCAUUUCGACCCCGUACUCCGCAUUUUUUUAUUUUCCCAACACAGUGAUCAGAGUGAGGGAUAUUGCAGCUCUUAAAAGGUUGGUCAAGUUCAGCCUCAGGAUUUAUUGUUUACUCGCAUAUUUUGUGACCAUGUGCCUAAUUUUAAAGGGAGCGUUUAGUUUUUCUAAGAUGUCACUUUCAGAUAUGGGAUUGUUUUCCAUAGACUUAUCACCCAAUCACACGGAGAUAUAAAGACACAAAAAGACCUCACACAUGAAAAAAGCUCCCUCUCCAGGAGAACAGCCAUUGGAUUAACCAGGGAUCCCUGUCUACCAAAUGUGCCAGUUAGCCUUUUUCGUACCUUUCAUCUCACUGGACUCAAAUGUUUUAAGAGCAGAUUGCAACAAACCAAAACCAGGGACUGAAUGCCAAAAAGGUGCAAUGAAAUUAGACUUCUGAGAGUGUGCACAGGGUGUGUGGAUUUUCUUUUAAACCACAUAAAGCUGUCUGUUUCCAUGGAUGAGGGAUAGAUGCUGCAUCACAGGGUCGAAAAACACAUCUCGAGAGUUUAAUUGAAGAGUGUCUUACAGAAAGUUCAAACAGCUCGAAACUCUUUUUUUGAAACUUCUGGGGAGAAGAUGAAAAAACAGACUAAGUGGCUUUUCAGACUCGCGGAACUCUUUACUCAUUUAUUUUCAUAUAAACAAAAAAGGUAUGCAUUCACUCUCUUAUACUCCUGGCCUUAAAACACUGUGUUACUAUGGAAAUGGGCAUUUUCUCUUCGCCAAGGACAGUCCAACAUCAAAACUGUUUGUAUAGAGCUGCAGACCAGAGGCACAGGAAGAUAGGGAAGCACAAAUGGAGAGAAAAAAUAUAUACAUGAUAAGACAGAUUUUAUCAGCCUCUGCUGCGGAGGCGCCACAGUUUAGAUCCUGUUUAUAUGAAAUGGAGUUAUAUAUAUAAAUAUAUACAUAUAGUAUACAAUUGAGAUUCAAUUUUAAGGCCAUAGCGAAUUUAUUUAUUUUGUGAAUUUCUAAAUUCUGUAUAAAAAAAAAGGCACAUUUGUCUUUUAUUUACAUGUGUAAACAUGAGGGAACAUGCAAAGAAUAUGAACGUUAAUACCAGGAAGCUUAUUUGGUAGUUUUAUUCUUUUUUUUUUGGACCAACGUUUUUUAUUCAUUAUAAUCAGCAUUCUUGAGUUAUUGACUCAAUGCAGCAUCAUUACUUCUCUGUUAUAUUCUCUUACUGUAGAUAUCCCCCGUUGUGUGUCUGAUUUAAAGAUGUACUGAAUGUGCUUUAGUUCCUUCUUUUCAGCAGACAUACCUCUUGAACUUUUUCAACAGUGGGGACUAUGCAUUGGGAAAUAAUUUGACCCGUCUACUGCAUGAAGUAUCAGAUGUUUCAACCAGUAUGUCUUCUACUGUAAAUCAUAUCAGACUUUUCUUUACUUAUUUGGAACAAAUAUGUACCACUCCAUUUUUCUUCUACAGCUCCUCUUUCUUCUUCUGCUCUCUCCCCUCCUCUUCUCUUACCUUGUCUUCCCUCUUCUACUUUAAAAUCCUCUUGUGUCCUCGUGUCUCCACUCCUGUCCCUCUCUCCUCUCCUCGGGUCAGUAGACUCUGUGCCUUCUUUAUUUGCCAUCCCACUUUGUUAAGGACCUCUCAGGCCAGCCAUCCGAUUGGCCCCUCGGUCCUGCCGGGGAUGAAGCCAUAUUGAUCCUGAGUGGUAUCAAAGCUAAAUUGGAUGUAUUUUCCAGCCGGACUGUUGCUGCAGAGUGAGGACAUUCAGACACACUGACCUCCAUCUGCACUGGCACCUAAGGACAGGAGUUAAACGCUGCUUUACAACCUCACGUCAGCCAAAGUGCUCUGGGUCUGCAAAGACACGCUGAAUGUAUAUUUACUGUCUAAAAACAUCCUAGCAUUCGACAAUCAAUUAUUACACUGGGUAACUUUUGCAUUGGGUUUUUUCUUCAUUAUCUGUGUUGUAAAUAUUCUGUAUCUGCCCCUUUGUAUUUCCCUUAAAUCACUGUUGUCUGAGCGAUUCUGAGGUAUGUCCACUGCUUAUGUUUUGUUGCUUCUUCUCUUGGGUUGUUCUAUGCCUCCCUUAUGCUGAAUAUAGAAUAGAUUUUUAAGAAAAAGUCAACGUACUAAUUAAAAACAAAAUCUUCUUCACCGAU